CAGUAUGAACUGGGGCCAAGGUAGUGUAUGCUCGUCACAGUGAUCAGUGACCGACCCUGAAUGACCGUGUUGGGAGACUCACUGACUACGAUCGUCGUGGCCUUGGGCGCACUGCUGUUGGUGCUCCUCGUGGUGCUGCUGAUGCGAAAGUUCAACGGCAGAGAGCGCGUCAGCAACCUGCGUCAGCGAGGUGUCCACCUCGCCAAGCGAUUUGCCAUGCGCUUCGCCAUGCGCUUCUCCACGCCGUUGACGUCGUUCGACAUCAAGCUUCAAGUGGGCGAGGCCGAAGGGCUGCCUGACGCCGCUGACGCCAAGCCGGCUUCCAGCGCAUGCCAGGCAGCGGCCCCGGUCACUUUGCCACCGGCUCAGGAACUGCUCAACGUCGAGGGUCCUAUUGAUGACGAGCCCCCAGUGCGCAAGCCAAACCACGUGGCGAAGGACAGCGAGAAAUCGCCCGAAAGUCCAUUAUCGGCAGGUGUGUCGCCCGAAUCGGAUACCCGGAAUUCCGGUCGCCAUAAACGCAAGCACAAACACAGGAAGCACGAGCGGAACUCACGAACCACGGACGUCACAAAUUCCACCGCGAGAAGCAAGUCUAAGCUCAAGCACCGCAACGCCGAUGUACCGAAAGGGAGACGGCCCGUCACCCUGUCUGGCGAAGCAAGCGGAGAGAAUACGUCACCGGGAGUUGUAAGCUCGCCCGUCGAAGCCCGUUCUUCGCCCACAUCUGCGGCUCACCGCGGAGAAGCGGCUGUAGAAUCUGCGCCACUAGAUCGUGGCAGUGAAGGCGCAGGUCCUGUGGCUGUAAGCCCACCAUCGAAAAAGAACCACGAAGCGCACGACCCGGCCGUCGAGGAGGACCGUCGAGGAGCAAGCCAGGCUUCGCGCGCAUCGCCGUGCGCUUCCCAUCCACGGCGCCUCGUCCCUGACAAACCUUCGGUACCGCCAGAGCUAGACAUCUUCUUGGAGGAACCUGCAGCUAUAGAUGUGGCUUCCAGAGGGACAGUCGAACACAAGUACGAUGACAAACACACGGAGAUUGCAAAGCCGCAACUGGAUGCUGCCACCACAGGGACUGUUGCUGAGCCUUUUGGUGGAACUGCGACACGAUCUGCAAACUCAGCCGCAGUAUGCGACGCCGCCAAAACCGGACGCCCUUUAGCUGCAGGUCACGUGUCAGCAGGGAAGUCCCGCGACUCGGACGACUUAAGUGUACAAGAACUCAGAGCGAUGUUCGUGCGUCGGGCAUCGCUCGCGUCCCAGUCCACCUUCCAGUCGCAGCGGCACAAUGCUGAUAACAGGCAGAACCCACUCCUCGGUGUCGUCUCGGAUGGACGCUCGACUAUCGACACGGCCGCAAAAGGGCUGCAAGCAGAGAUGUCGGAAGCCAAACACAACAACCAACACAGACAGAUUGCGAAGUCGCCUGCGGGCGGCACCGUUUCGGGGGCUACGGCUUCGACUUCUGUUGGCUGUACUGCACCGCCGUCAGCAGCGCCAGCGUCUGACACAUCCAAAAGCGUUCCGCCCUCAGCGGCGGAUCAGUCGUCGGGGAGCCGGUCCAAGAGCUCGGACGACCUAAAUGUCCAGGAGCUGCGAGCGAUGUUCGUUCGCAGGGCGUCGAGCGCGUCCCGAUGCAGCCUCCCAUCGCAGCGCCGAAAUUCGGACAAGCCAAGAGCACCACAUAAUCUCAUCACGGCGACCCUACAAGCCACCAGCGAAUCGGUGCCCAAAAAGCCCUAGGUGGAACGCACAACAUCCUAACCUAUAUGCGGCGAUCGAAGCAACCACCAGCUAAUAGGCCACCGCAACUUUUUUUUUUUCGAAUACGGCGAGGUGUGGUAACUUAUCCAUGAACAAGCCAACAGGGAAAUCUUGAGGACAUUCUCCAUUGAAACAAGCUUUGUUUAGAGAAGACCUUCAGUUUGUCGAUAAUAUGCGCAUGCCUACACGGUAACACGAGCGCAGCACUAAGAAGGACGCAAUGGCGAUGCAGAACUCACUCCCGUCUGCCAAAUCCAUACGCUGCGUCCAAGCCUCACAGACAUUUGGUACUUUCCUGUGAAUUCCACCGACGCCUUAUGGGUUGUCUGUGGCGUAGGAGGCUUUAUUCAGAGCCUCAUUUUGAUUUUGUUGAUAUGUACGUGGGUAAUGGGUUACUGGUUAAUAAAUGAAAGAAUGGGCAGAUUACCAUCUACACCAUUGCCAAAGCUGCAUGCGUCUUAGGAUUCUAAUGUCUAUGCUGAUUUGCUUGACUGUGCAGUUUGACUGCAUGCGAAAGUCGCGACACUGAUCGAAAAAUUGCGAAAAUAGACAACGGUAAUACGUGAUUUACCGUUUUCCUGGUGUUUGCUUAGCAGGAGCAACGGCUUGUUUGUAGUGUGUCCGCCAAUAAAAAGGCGUU